AUGCGCAGACCAUAUUUUUCCUUCGUGCUGCAUCUUCUUUACGCUGUGGUUCUACUCGUCGACGUCUUUGCAGAACUCUCCACCUCAAAUCAAACUCUUCAGAGCAAUGAACGGGAUGCAAGCGAUCGCCAACUAAGGGCGCAAGAUUCACAAGAACAAAAGGAAGUGAUUGGUGACGAAGAGAGGGUAGCGUUUCGUCAAGCUCUGUCUCCGCUCAGCGAAAAUUUGCUUGAACUCCGCUUGUCGACCGUACCCAUGAAAAAGAUUUCACACCCACCUAAAGAACUUAGUUCUCGAGAAAAAGUCGCUUUAUGGACUCGUAUUUUGGGGUUCAAAGAUAAAGAUAUUGAUUAUUUACAGUUGAAGCUUGAGCUUCCCCAGCUCAAGCAAGCAAGCGGAUACGUCAAUCAUUUGGCCGAAAUUUUGCGCGACAAUCGACAAAAAGGUAGAAUCGGAUUGCUCGCUUUAGCUGAGAAAGUCUUGCUAGACCCCUAUGGUUACAAGUUACGCAUCUCAUUAAAAACCGCUUUGUCGGACCCCAUUGUGCGAGCAGCUACUUUCGUCGCUUCAUCGCUACCAAAACGUCAAGGUGACAUUGGCACUUUGCGAGAUUGGAUACCUUGCUUCAUGGUAUUUAUCAAAUCUGGAUUCACUCUCGACGAGGUGGAAAUAAUACUGAAAACAGCUCGACUCGAUGCGGAUACCGUGGCAAAACUUUUGCUGUUAUACGAUCCAGUUAGGUAUAACAUGCGUCUUGAAGACGUAAUGGAUACAGUGACCAAAUCCAGCACUCAUUCUGCUGAUUUGCGUACCAUAAUAGACGUCCGUGCUGCCGAAUUCAUUGCAUACAGAGCACAAAAAGAAGCGGUGAAACUCAGUCUUGAUCGAGGUCAAGACCUCGAAACAUAUCCAUUACACGAAUGGAAGAUUCUACUGGAAAAGUGGGUCGAGCGUCACUACACUCAGGAACAAGUGAGUCAAAUCCUUCAAACUGCUAAAUUACACCCGGAAGGAGUGCAGUCGUUACUACGCGUCUAUGCCAAAAGCCAAGAGCUUCACUUUCUGCCUUAA